CAAUAAAGUAAUUUCCUACUCUCUCUCUCUCUCUGCCGGAAUUUACUCUAUAUCCAAAACCUCUUGCCUGCUUCGAAGCCGACAUCCUCCAUCUCACCGCUCACGGCGACCGGCGACGGCGAUUUCUUCCGUUUAUCAUCAAGCUGUUCGAUCUCUGUUUGAUGAUUUGAUUUGAUUUGAAGACUACUAUACUUCAAUCAUGACGAAUUCCUCACAUGAAGAUAAGUUAUACACGGAGCUAUGGAAGGCGUGUGCAGGUCCAUUAGUGGAAAUUCCUCAGGAAGGAGAAAGAGCAUUCUAUUUUCCACAAGGUCAUAUGGAACAGUUGGAAGCCUCUACAAAUCAGGAACUAAAUCAAAGGAUUCCUUUGUUUGAUCCUCCAUCGAAAAUUCUUUGUAUUGUUUCCAACAUUAAACUUAUGGCUGAACAAGACACUGAUGAAGUUUAUGCACAGAUUACUUUAAUUCCAGAGAAAAAUUCUCCUGAGCCAAAAAGUCCUGAUUUAUGUCCUGCCGAGCUUUCAAAGCCUACGGUUUAUUCGUUCACGAAGAUUUUAACUGCAUCUGAUACGAGUACUCAUGGCGGAUUUUCAGUUCUUAGGAAACAUGCUACUGAAUGUCUUCCUCCCUUGGACAUGACCCAACAAACGCCAACACAAGAAUUGGUAGCAAAGGACCUACAUGGUUUGGAAUGGCGAUUUAAGCAUAUCUAUAGAGGUCAACCUAAGAGGCACUUGUUGACAACAGGAUGGAGUAAUUUUGUCACCUCUAAGAGAUUAGUUGCUGGAGACACUUUUGUGUUCUUGAGGGACGAAAAUGGAGAACUACGUGUUGGUGUUAGAAGAAUUGCUCGUCAACAAAGCUCUAUGCCAUCUUCUGUGAUUUCAAGUCAGAGUAUGCAUCUUGGAGUGCUUGCCACUGCUUUACAUGCUGUUAAUACUCAAACUCGGUUUGUAGUGUUUUACAAGCCAAGGACUAGCCAAUACAUCAUAAGUGUAAACAAAUACCUAGAAGCUGAUAGUAAAGGAUAUGCAAUUGGCGUGAGAUUUAGAAUGAAAUUUGAAGGUGAAGAUGCACCCGAGAGAAGGUUCACAGGAACAAUAGUUGGAGUUGAGGAUUUUUCAUCCCAUUGGAAAGGUUCAGCAUGGCGUUCGUUAAAGGUUCGAUGGGAUGAACAUGCACCCAUCGCAAGACCUGAUAGUGUCUCCCCAUGGGAGAUAGAACCUUUUGUCCCAUCUAUUCCUUCACACAUUCAAUCAAAUUUAACAAAGAACAAAAGGCCACGACCGUCAAAUGAGAUCUCAACACAUGUAGACUCAACAUCUUCGACUACACCAGUUGUGUGGAAUCCUUCUCAUCAUCAUCAUCAGGAAGUACCCAUAAUAAACAACUGUAAACUGAGAACUCACACAGAUGGCAGCUGGUUGUCUACUUCACACAUGAAUGUUCCUAGAAACAUUAAUAAUUCCAUUGACACAGAAGAUCAUAAGAAAACAAACAAGAGCGAUCAGAAUCUUGAGACACUUACAUGCCUUCGGUUAUUCGGUGUGGAUCUGAAAAGUUCUUCAGUUGAAAAACCACCUCUGAAUCCAACAAAUCUGUCUAGUGAUAAAAUCGAUGAAGAAUGUAGGCCAAGUAAUUUAUCAGCUGUGGAAACUGGCCCUGAAUCUGGCUUGUCGUCUAAGGAUGAUUCCAGAGAGCAAAAUCAACAACAGUUGCAAGUGUCUGUAAAGGAGAUUCAAAGCAAGCAGUUCUCCUCUAGAACCCGAACCAAGGUCCAAAUGCAGGGAAUUGCAGUGGGGAGGGCAGUAGACUUGAGUGUUGUGAAUGGGUAUGAAGAACUUAUAAAUGAGCUAGAGAAUAUGUUUGAAAUAAAAGGAGAACUUUGUCCUCGAAAUAAAUGGCAGAUAGUCUUCACCGACGACGAAGGAGACAUGAUGCUCAUGGGCGAUGAUCCGUGGCAGGAAUUCUGUAAUAUGGUGAGAAGGAUUUUCAUUUGUUCAAGUCAAGAUGUUAACAAAAUGACAGUUGGAAAUGGACGAAAUAACGAGCUUCCUUUGACCUCGCCCGAUGAGAGCGAAGAAGGGACGGUUUUGAGCACAGUCACGACGGAAUGAGAGUGUUAUAACAGUUUCAUUUUCGUAGUAAGUUUCACAGUUGGUGCAGCAUGUAAAUAUGUAUUUCGCCGUCCCCAACUUGUUUAUUUAGUCUCGAGUUUGCGAUAGUUGGCUGACUGAUUAUGAUUACUGAAUUCUAAACAAAAACAUAAUUACAGUUAUUUUGACAAUUAGUCAUGAGGAGAUUGACAAUUAGAUGUUGUCUAAUCAUAGUCUUCUUCAUGUGUUCUUUGUCAAUUAAAGUCUUUUUUAGUAUAAUUUAAUGUCUUUGAAUCUGAA